UCAACAGAAGAAACCACAAUCACUCGGCCAGUCAGCGGUGUGCAUCCAUGUUGGCAACCCGCGGUGGAGAGCAGACACCCUGCGGCAAACACACUUGAUAGUCCGGGUGAACACGGCCACCUGCUUAGUGUCCUAAAUUCUUUUGGUUUUUCUAUGUUGUCGUCCUUUUUUUCGUUUUCCUGAGUCCUCUCCUCCCUCAGCACCAGGGAGUGAUGGGGGAAUGAUCAACACCGACUCUCCUCCGCCGCCGCCGCCGCCGCCGCCUCCUCUUCCUCCUCCUGCUCCUCAGUCGGUAGGUCUCCGUGUCCCCUGUCAGCCGUCGGAGCUGUGCCCAGGAUGCGGGUCCCGCUGCUCGGCCAGGCUGCGGUGUUUGCGGCCCUGUUGGCGCUGAGCACCUGCCUGACAGGAUCACAUCUGUGCCCUCGGAGUUUAGAUUGUGCCCGUGCAGGGCGGGACUUCUGCCAGCCCGGCAGCUCACACUGCGGCCCCUGCCUGCGCCCUCUGGUGGAGGACUCCCAUGGCCGCUGUGUGGUCAAGAGGAGGCAUGCUCCUCACUCUAUUAAAGGUAAGGUGAACACUUACCCUGAGCUGGAUGAGGAGAUCGACUUCCUCUCUGCCAUCAUCAGUGAACAGAGAACUGAGACCAGGCUGUCAGCUCCACCCUCGCAAGAUGCCUAUAAACCCAAAUCCAAGCAGCUGGGUGGACACGGCCCCGCCCACACAGCAUCUACCACAGAGCAACCAAGGAGCCAGAGCGUCCCGAUCACCAGCGUGGCACCACCCUCCACCUCCACAAACCAUACUCCUGCUCUGCUCAGCGAUCCCAUCAUCUUCCCCUACCCCUCUAAUGACCGAGUUUUUAUCAUCAUGAGCAGCGUCUUCAUUGCGGCAGGUUCGCUGGCUUUGAUCGUAGCAGGGGCCUUUUGGGUCAGAUUGCAGAAAGGUGUGCGUCUGACAGAGAAGGUGGACUACCCUGCAUAUAGACUGAUGAAAGCUCAAGCCUUUGACAAUUUGCCUGGGGACAAGAAGCUGGCCCACAGUGCCCAGAUGUAUCACUACCAGCACCAGAAGCAGCAGAUGCUCUCCCUGGAGAAACACAGAGAUGAGCCAAAAGUUCCUGACUCAGGCGCAUCAACAGAUGAGGAGAAUGAGGAUGGAGAUUUCACAGUGUAUGAGUGUCCUGGAUUGGCACCUACAGGGGAAAUGGAGGUGAAGAACCCGCUGUUUGACGACUCCACCCUUUACCUUCAGAGGUUCCACAAGUGAGCCUGGACAUUCACACUCUGAAUACAGCAUUUGUGUGUACAAAUGGUUGAAUUUACACACACUCCACAUAUGCUGCUGUAGUCCAGCCCUUUGAAUGGACAGGAUGGAUGGUGUAAGGUACAUGGAGUUCAUGGACAUUUAAAGGACAUCAGUGCUGGUUUCUUGUGUGAAGCAGGACUGCAACUGGGACCAAUGCCUCCCAUGCUACAGCCACAUCCUUUCCUUUUUUUUAUGUCAUCAUUCUUUUUUUCUGUUUUCAUACACAAAAAUACAAUCAGCCAAUAUGGAAGAACUCAGAAUUACUUCUGACAGGUAGCAG